AAACAUAGCACCGAAACAGAAAGAGCGGCACGUGAAAACCAAAGAAUGGAUAAAAUCAUCAAAAGGGAAAUGGGAAAUAAUAGCAAACGCUGCAAUAGGCUGAAGAAAUUGCAGUGAGAGAAAAUCAGCAAUGACUUGGCUGUUAGAGCCGCCUUUUCACUCUCAUAUCCGCCGCAGCGAAUAUCACUUUUCUGCCCCUCUUCCUCGUUUCCGUUGUUCCGCUCUGCCACCGGACCCGGAGACUGAAAGUCUUGUACUGUCGCCUGAUGGCCCGAAAGAACGCAGGAGAAUUGUUCGAUUAGCUUGGGAGAAACUGGUCCGUUGGUCUCGUUCUUUGCGUUCUACAGCCAAAACUGACGUUCUUGAACGUACUAAUAAGAUAGUGGUUCUUGGAGGUGGAUCUUUUGGAACAGCAAUGGCAGCUCAUGUUGCAACUAGAAAAUCCCAGUUGGAAGUGAAUAUGCUUGUAAGAGAUCAUCAAGUUUGUCAAUCAAUAAACGAGGAACACUAUAACUGUAAAUAUUUUCCACAGCACAAGCUACCCAAAAAUGUCAUUGCAACUACUGAUGCAAAAGCUGCUUUGCUGGGUGCAGAUUUUUGCUUCCAUGCUGUACCUGUUCAGUUCAGCUCAUCAUUCCUUGAGGAAAUUGCAGACUAUGUUGAUCCAGGCUUGCCUUUCAUAUCUCUUAGCAAAGGUUUAGAGCUAAACACAUUAAGAACAAUGUCUCAGAUAAUUCCCAAAGCACUGAAAAAUCCUCGUCAACCCUAUGUUGUUCUAUCUGGUCCUUCCUUUGCACUAGAGCUGAUGAAUGAACUGCCAACAGCAAUGGUAGUAGCUUCAAAGGACAAAAAGAUGGCAAAUUCAGUUCAGCAACUUAUGGCUUCUAAAAAUCUGAGAAUCAACACAUCAAGUGAUGUUACAGGGGUUGAAAUUGCAGGUGCAUUGAAAAAUGUGUUGGCAAUUGCAGCUGGCAUUGUGGAAGGACUAAAUCUCGGUAACAAUUCCAUGGCUGCUCUUGUUUCACAAGGUUGCUCUGAAAUUCGAUGGUUGGCAACAAAGAUGGGUGCAAAGUCAACAACAUUAACUGGUCUAUCAGUAACUGGAGAUGUUAUGCUUACAUGCUUUGUGAGCCUUUCAAGAAACAGAACAGUUGGAGUUCGUCUGGGAUCAGGGGAAAAACUUGACGAGAUACUUAGUUCAAUGAAUCAGGUAGCUGAAGGUGUUGCAACAGCUGGAGCUGUGAUUGCUUUAGCACAGAAGUACAAGGUCAAAAUGCCAGUUUUAACUGCAGUUGCGAGGAUUAUUGACAAUGAACUAACGCCCACAAAAGCUGUUUUUGAAUUGAUGAAUCUCCCUCAGGUCGAAGAAGUUUAAAGAAGGCACUGCAUUAGAAAGACGAUAAUAGUUUCUGGGUGAAAGCUUGAGCAUGUAUACAAAUUGUGACUGGCUUUGUUUGCUGCGCGAGGCUCACAAUCAACAAAUCAGCAAAUGAUCUUCGCCUUUUGCUGCAUAGUGUUGACACUCUCCAAGUUUAUGGUGAUGAUAUCCGUCGAGUUCCUUUUCACCAUGUUAUUAGUUAUACAACCUAUUAAAAUUGUCAAUCCAGCUGCAGUUUAGGUUUUAGUUUUCCACUGAAAAAUGCAUACGGAGAAUGAAUGCCCAACUGUGCUUUGAGAAUUUGGUGGAAGCUGUAGCAUGUAAUUAGUCAUCAAUGUAACAACACCUAUCGAGUGAAUGUAUUACAGUGCCAGAUAUAAAGUUCAAUAUUACUUGGCA